AUGAGCUUCGACACGAUUCCGGAACGCCUGGUGACGGCGGGAUCGACGGCUGGUGGCUCCUGGGUGCUACCGGUGACCGUGGUGGCCGCCCUGUCCGUGGUCACCGUGACGCUGUUUCACCUGUGGAUGCAGACGAGGCGCUACGUGAAGCUGGGCAACCUGAUCCCGGGCCCGGUCGCUUACCCGCUGAUCGGGAACGCGAACCUGCUGCUCGGCAAGACGCACAACCAGAUCAUGGAGAAGGCGAUGGAGCUGAGCUACAUCUACGGGACGGUGGCGCGCGGCUGGAUCGGCUACCACCUGGUGGUGUUCCUGACCGAGCCGUCCGACGUCGAGAUCAUCCUGAACAGCUACGUGCACCUGGAGAAGUCGAGCGAGUACCGGUUCUUCAAGCCGUGGCUCGGCGACGGGCUGCUGAUCAGCUCGGGCGACAAGUGGAAGCACCACCGGAAGCUGAUCGCGCCCACCUUCCACCAGAACGUGCUGAAGACGUUCGUCGACGUGUUCAACGACAACAGCCGGGCGGUGGUCGAGCGGAUGCGCAAGGAGGUGGGCCGCGAGUUCGACUGCCACGACUACAUGAGCGAGGUGACGGUCGACAUCCUGCUGCAGACGGCCAUGGGUUCGCCGCGCACCGGCGACAACAAGGAAGGCUUCGAGUACGCGAUGGCGGUCAUGAAAAUGUGUGACAUCCUGCACAAGCGCCAGCUGAAGAUUCACCUGCGGCUCGAUCCGCUCUUCAACCUGACCCGGGUCGCGAAGGAACAGAAGCGCCUGCUCCAGAUCAUCCACGGGCUGACGCGCAAGGUGGUGCGCGAGAAGAAGGCCCUGUUCGAGCGGAACGCGGCCGAGGGCCGGCUGCCGUCGCCCUCGCUGACGGAGAUCAUCGGCAAGGAGGAGAAACCGGGCGAAGCAACCUCGGCGACCUCGCCGGCUCCGGCCUUCAUCUCGCAGGGCUCGCUGCUGCGCGACGAUCUGGACGAGAUCGACGAGAACGACAUCGGCGAGAAGCGUCGGCUCGCGUUUCUCGAUCUGAUGAUCGAAACCGCCUCGACCGGGGCCAACAUCAGCGACGAGGAGAUCAAGGAGGAGGUGGACACGAUCAUGUUCGAGGGCCACGACACGACGGCGGCCGGCUCCAGCUUCGUGCUGUGUCUGCUCGGCAUCCACCAGGACGUCCAGGAGCGGGUCUACGCGGAGCUGCAGCAGAUCUUUGGCCGGUCGCACCGGAAGGCGACGUUCGCGGAUACGCUCGAGAUGAAGUACCUGGAGCGGGUGAUCUUCGAGUCGCUGCGCAUGUUCCCGCCGGUGCCGAUGAUCGCGCGGAAGCUCAACGAGGACGUGCGGCUGGCGUCGCGCGACUGCACCGUCCCGGCCGGGACGACGGUUGUGAUCGGCACGUACAAGAUCCACCACCGGGAGGACCUGUACCCGGAGCCGGAGCGCUUCAACCCGGACAACUUUCUGCCGGAGCGCACCCAGAACCGCCACUACUACAGCUACAUCCCGUUCAGUGCCGGUCCGAGGAGUUGCGUAGGUAGGAAAUACGCUAUGCUCAAGCUGAAGGUGCUGCUGUCGACGAUCCUGCGCAACUACCGGGUCCUGUCGAGCGUCACCGAGAAGGACUUUAAGCUGCAGGGCGACAUCAUCCUCAAGCGCACCGAUGGCUUCCGCGUGCAGCUCGAGCAGCGAGCAGCCCACUGAUCCCGCCACGUGUGCGCACUGUCUCCCUGUGUUCCUGUGUGUGUGUGUGGGGGUGUGUUUGUGUGUUCAUGUUACAGGUAGCUUGUGGCCAAUCCAGGGCUUGCUAUCCUGCUCAGCUCAGGCGAAUGACGUCGGAGACCGGCUUUCGCUAAUUGAAUUGUGCGAAGAUAAACGAGAUAGGCAGAGUGGAAGACAGAGACAGAGAAGGAGAGAGGGAGAGCAAGAGGGAGAGCGUAGAGGACAAGGAUCGACAGAAUCGAAGUCCAGACCAACUAGCCUUCAUUUCCCAUUGAACUUCACAGAUAAAGGCAUACAUAUACAGCGAAGGGAUAGAGAUGGAGGGGCAGCGAGAGAGAGCGAGAGGGAGAGAGGAAAGAAGUAGAGCGUACACAAAGUGUGUGUUUUAUAGAUAAAAUAAAAAGCUAAAAGGCGAAAUGAUAAGCCCGAGCAGCGA